GCCCCGCGUGCCGCAGCUCCGCCUCGCCGCUGGGCUCCGGGCGGGCCGGCGGGCGCGGAGCGCUGCUAGCAGCCAUGAUGGAAGGCUCGGACGACGGCCCAGAUUUUCUCUCGGAGGAGGACCGAGGUCUUAGACAGAUAAAUGUAGAUCUCCAGACUGAUGCUGCGCUGCAAGUGGAUAUCUCAGAUGCGCUCAGUGAGAGGGACAAAGUGAAAUUCACUGUCCAUACAAAGAGCUCUUUACCAAAUUUCAAACAAAAUGAAUUUUCUGUUGUCCGGCAACAUGAAGAGUUUAUUUGGCUUCAUGAUUCUUUUGUUGAGAAUGAGGACUAUGCUGGCUAUAUUAUUCCACCAGCGCCCCCCAGGCCUGACUUUGAUGCCUCAAGGGAGAAGUUGCAGAAACUUGGAGAAGGGGAAGGAUCAAUGACUAAAGAAGAAUUCACCAAGAUGAAACAAGAACUGGAAGCUGAGUAUUUGGCAAUAUUCAAGAAGACAGUUGCAAUGCAUGAAGUGUUUUUGUGUCGCGUGGCAGCACAUCCUAUUUUGAGAAAGGAUUUAAAUUUCCAUGUGUUCUUGGAAUAUAAUCAGGAUCUUAGCGUUCGUGGAAAAAAUAAGAAAGAGAAACUCGAAGACUUCUUUAAAAACAUGGUUAAAUCAGCAGAUGGUGUCAUUGUUUCAGGAGUAAAGGAUGUGGAUGACUUCUUUGAACAUGAGAGAACAUUCCUCGUAGAAUACCACAACCGAGUCAAAGAUGCUUCUGCCAAAUCUGAUAAAAUGACAAGAUCACAUAAAAAUGUGGCGGAUGACUACAAUAGAAUUGGUUCUUCAUUAUAUGCAUUAGGAACGCAGGACUCCACAGAUAUAUGCAAGUUUUUUCUGAAGGUAUCAGAGUUAUUUGACAAAACAAGGAAAAUAGAGGCCCGGGUAUCUGCUGAUGAAGAUCUUAAACUUUCUGAUCUUCUGAAAUAUUACCUAAGGGAAUCUCAAGCUGCUAAGGAUCUCCUAUAUAGAAGGUCUAGGUCACUAGUGGAUUAUGAAAAUGCUAAUAAGGCAUUGGAUAAAGCAAGAGCAAAGAACAAAGAUGUGUUGCAAGCUGAAACUACUCAGCAAAUAUGCUGUCAGAAAUUUGAGAAGAUUUCUGAAUCAGCAAAACAAGAACUGAUAGACUUUAAGACAAGAAGAGUUGCAGCAUUCAGAAAAAAUCUGGUGGAACUAGCAGAACUGGAAUUAAAGCAUGCUAAGGGUAAUUUACAGCUGCUGCAGAGCUGCCUGGCAGUGUUAAAUGGUGACACAUAAGCUACGCUCUGUCCUCCCACUAACAAGGGCUGCCCACCUCUGGAUUUUGUUUUCAUGACUUUAAAUAGGCAAUUACAGUUCCUGGAGAAAACAGUUGACAAAGUGCAUAUAAGCCAGCUCCUUUCAAAAGAAUUAAGCCCAACACCUGAAAGUAGCUCCAGACUAUAUGAAGCAACAGCAUACUUGUUAUACAUACAUAUUCGUGUUUAUUUAAUCAUUAUGCUUUCAUUGUUCAGAAACCAAUGCUCUGUUUUUGUGAAAAUAGCCAAUAUAAUUAUGUUCAUGUUACAAAUACUAUGAUACGCUACCAAUCUUAUUUACCUUUGUAAAGUUCACCACUUCUCAAGUUCACCAUUUGGAGCACACUGUUCAAAUGGCCUAAGUAUUACCAUUAGAUAUUAGUAUAUUGUUAUUAUGAUGGCAUUGUAUACAUUGUCUGAGGGUUUGGUUUUUUUUUCAUGUACUGAUAUCAAGAAACUUAAAUCUUUUUUUCAAUUGUGAACAUUUCUUAGAAAUUUUGGAGAACUUUGUGUAACCUUUAUAACUAUGAUUUAAAAAGAAAAGCAAAUGCAUUAGUAUGUUUGCCUUAACUUGUAGACUAAUCCAAUUAUUGUAAAAUAAACCAUGAAAUUGAUGAUUUUUCUAAAAUUAUGCAGACAUUGUAUCAUCUGUAAGCUUAAUAUUUUCUAGUAAAUCAAUCAGCUUUUUCUCUAUUCAUCCUAUAAAACCAUCGAGUAUUGGAUUGGUCUGACACUACUCGCCCAGUAGUUUUUCACUUGCGUUCUCAGGUUUAUCUGUUUGCCUAUCUGUUCGUCUGUGACUUUUGUAUCCAAUGCACUUAAAUUGUUUUGAGCUUGGUGUCUGACUUUGCAAUUUCUUUGGCAGAAGUGCUUGUCAGAGAACUUUCUCGGGUUUCUUUCCAAAAGGGGAAAAGUAAAGGGAGAUCAGAAAAUAUCUAAAACAUCAGUGAAAGGUAGUAGUAGUGCCCCACUUUCAUACAGAUAAGAAGCUUUGCUUCGGAAAAAAAGUUAAGGCAUCCCAAAUAAAGGAGUGCCUGAAAAGGAUCUUGUUCUGCUUGCUGGACUUAAACCUUAUGAAUCCAGUUUUAUUUGUUGUAUUGCUUUGUCUCUUCUAGUUGAACCACACAACUCUUCAAAGAGGUGCUGUUCUAUUGUGCAAUUUCAGGAUCUCAUAAAAGUAGGUUUUACUUGAUUAAAUUGCUCUUCACAGUAGGAUUGCUGCUUUAUACGGGUUUGUAGAGCUUCAGUGGAGCAGCCAGAUGUUUGGUGAAUGGGGUAUUUGGAAACGCAGACCAGUGUAAGUCAAUGCUUCUGUGAUUACAGACUCCCUGUACUGCUGCAGAAGUGUGCGCGUUUGGUUUUCUCUACGAGGGUGACUUGCACAGAGCGGCAUCCCUACGCUGCCGUCUGGCACACGGCAACAUUUCAGAGGCAGAGGUUUCUGAGCUGAGCACGCUCUUUGCAUCGUGUGUUGGGCUGCACACACAUAGCCUCCCUCAGACUUUUGAUUACCACUGCCCAACGGCUUGCAGCAACUUCUCUCCUGUAUGUAACACGUUCCAGCAAUGGCUCCUACAGUCAUAUUGCGCUGCUGUUCAUCUUGCAGAUGUAACAGCUAGAAUUCCUAAGGAACUCGUCUAAAAGUAGACUACACGGCACAAAGAUUGCAAUGUAUAUACAGCUAACACCACUGUAAAUAUUUUAAGUAGGAUGUGCGAACGGUUUUUAGGUUAGACUUGGGUGUGCGGUGUUACUAGCUCAUUAAAUUUUGUUCAAGCCUGUCGGUA